AUGCAGGCGAUAUACGGGCGAGACUACCAUCCCCAGGACCUUCCCGCCACGAAAGUCACACAUGUCCUAUACGCCUUCCUGAAUCUGCGACCAUCGGGGGAGGUCUAUCCCCUAGACACCUACGCCGACUUGGAGAAGCAUUAUCCGACUGACUCAUGGAAUGAGAGCGGUCUAAAUGCCUAUGGAUGCGUCAAACAACUUUUCCUCGUGAAGAAAUACAAUCGUCACAUCAAGACCAUGCUAAGUAUUGGUGGAUGGACGCUGUCUACUAAUUUUCCCAUCGCGGCAAGCACGGAGGCGGGCAGAUUGACCUUCGCUCGGUCCGCCGUGGCGCUAAUGAAGGAUUGGGGGUUCGACGGCAUCGACAUCGAUUGGGAAUACCCAGGAAGCGAGAAAGAGGCGGAGGACUUCGCUCUCCUGUUGACAGCGGUACGUGAUGAGCUCAAUGCAUACAAGUCAAAGUACUCCCCCGAUUACGACUUCCUCUUGACGAUCGCAUCGUCCGCCGGUCCGACUCAUUAUGAGAAGCUCGAUCUUGAAAGAAUCUCGGGGAUUGUUGAUACCUUUUAUCUGAUGGCCUACGAUUAUUCUGGCUCAUGGGACGUCUAUGCCGCUCAUCAAGCAAACCUCUACACAAACGACGUAAACGACACAACCACUCCAUUCUCUACAGAUGCUGCUGUCACGGCCUACCUCAAUGCCGGGGUCCCCGCAUCUCAGAUAGCCCUCGGCAUGCCCCUGUAUGGCCGCGCCUUUCAGAACACGGACGGGCUAGGGAAGCCAUUCUCGGGAAUAGGUGGGGGUUCGUGGGAAAACGGCGUGUGGGAUUACAAGGUCCUCCCUCAACCCGGCGCUACCGUCUCCAACGACGACGUAGCACAGGCAUCGUUUAGUUACGACCAGCAAAGCAGAACAUUCAUUUCAUUCGACACGCCGAGCACGUUGAGGACGAAGGUUUCCUACAUCAAAGACAAAGGCCUCGUGGGGUCCAUGUUCUGGGAGAACCUCUCGAUGGAGAACGAGGACUGGGCCUAA